UCCGAGAGAAAUGAUGAAUAAUUUACCACCAUUUUUAAUGGCUUGUAUUCGAUAAAUUUCGUAUCGACUUUUUUUCCCUGCAAUCCGCGCUUUUUGGGUAAAAAGAUUUAAAUGUGAUGUGACUAUUUCGGCACGUGAAACUCUUGGAAGAAAAGUGUGGAAUCGUUAUAGAAAAAAAAUGCGAAAAAAAAAUUGAUAGCUACCCUUCAAGCUGAGAUUUAAUGCGACUAUUAAAACAUCGGAAGAUGCUAAACUAACGAGCAAUAAAUGCGAAUACUCAGUUUUUAGAUGACUAUUAAAAUGUAGAACGAUUGGAGAAUGAAGUAAAAAAAAUCUUUUUACGUUCUGAAAAGAGUAGACGGAGUAUAUCUUUUGACUUUAUCAUCUCGAAAUUGUUACGGACUUUUCAUUUGAUUCAGUGCAAGAAUGCAUGGAAACCUCUCAAGUCAACAAUUUAACGUGUCACAGCCACAUGCAACAUGUUAACAAUGCAACAUGAAAAUGUUUAUUGGUGGUCUAAGUUGGCAAACAGCACCAGAGGGCCUCAGAGAAUACUUCAGUAAAUACGGAGACAUAACAGAGGUGAUGGUGAUGAAGGAUCCCACAACAAGGAGGUCAAGAGGUUUUGGAUUUGUAACCUUCGCCGACCCCGACAGUGUAGAUAAAGUUUUAGCAAAUGGGCCGCACGAACUCGACGGUAAAAAGAUCGAUCCGAAGAUUGCAUUCCCCAAAAGGGCACACCCAAAGAUGGUGACCAGGACGAAGAAAGUCUUUGUGGGCGGACUAUCAGCUCCGACGACACUGGACGAUGUUAAAAACUAUUUUCAACAAUUUGGAAAGGUGGAAGAUGCAAUGCUCAUGUUUGACAAACAGACUAACAGGCACAGAGGUUUCGGUUUUGUUACCUUCGAGAACGAAGACGUGGUAGACAAAGUGUGCGAAAUACAUUUCCAUGAAAUCAACAGUAAAAUGGUGGAAUGCAAAAAAGCUCAACCCAAAGAGGUGAUGAUGCCCAACAGCACUUCUCGUGGUGAAGACCUGGUCUGGCCUUUAGGAGCUCUCACAGACGCGGGAUUCACGACGUUCGGCUAUGGUCGAGGAAUUCCUGGCUACCCUAGCUUUGGCUACUCUUUCCCAGGCUUUCAUGGAUUCAGUUAUAUUCCUUCACCGGCGGCAACGGAUCACCCCGCCUUCUUCGUCGAUGCUUUCUCUGCAACAGCAGUGUCCACGGCAGCACUGGCAAAUCACAUGACCAGCGUGGGCCAAACAGAACCUCCCACUGGACUAGCUCCGAUGGGAAACUCACCCAUCAAGAGAGGUCACCCAUUUGCUGCGCAAAUACCCACUGUGAUCAAUAAUUAUGGAUUUGCCUCCCCUUCCCCUGUAAACAACAGAGUCUUCCCGGCAACCAACAGCCCUGGACCCAUAGACAUCUAUACUUCCAAUCAAGAUGGGGUCAGUUAUGUCCAGGAUCAAUCCACACCAUUUCAGGCUGUUAAUAGAGGCCCACUUAUUGCUGCGGCAUUUACUAACGGCUACCAUUGAACGACGUCGAUCGUUUAUUCAGCGCCUUUGGACGUUGAAGAAUGUGGAUUUGUUUAUGAUCCUUCCUGCUGUUCUUUUUUAUAUCGGCACAUACAUUACCAGCCUCUCACUGUUUCUUAAGUUCUAUAUGCUACAAGGGUUCCAAAACUUUAGUGGAUAUGAAAGAGAUAUUUUGGUUUUCAUCUCGAGUUACUCCCCCUCCCCCAUGAGUGUGACUCCAACAAGUGCCACCAGGUUUGAGUUCCAAGCAAUAAAUUAUAGAAGAGGCUAAACCCUAAAUUUCGAACCUUGGUGGAGUUAAAACUGGAUGUUCAUCGUUUUAUCUUUUCUUCUCUCUAAUCUUCUGUCCUCCAAAUGAGGAGAGAUUAACUUUCUUAGUGGGGAGUCCUCCCUUCAAGACAAUGAACAAGAACAAUCGUGAUAUACUAUAAUGUGUUUAUGUUAACAAAAUGUACUCAUAAAUAAUCACUGAACACACGAGAUAAUAGGUUUGUGAAGUGGAAUGGUGAUAUGACUUUUUAUGUUUAUCUUAAAGCAAUACUGAAAAAAAAGUAUACAUACAUAUAUAUAUAUAUUUAGCUUGCUGUAUAUUUAUGCAUUUUUUGCAGUACGAGACUGGAAUCGAAUAGCUGACGUGUGACCCUAUUUAAUCUGACAACCCCACCCACACACCUGAAGUUUUCUAUACCAUUGGAUUUUAAUAAUUUGUGGAGGGGAAUUGCGUCUAUUUCAAAAUAAUUAUGGCAAUAUGCGAUGUUAUUUUAAUGCGGGGUUAACUUUAAUUUCUCGGAACAGAAUCAUAAAAGGUUAGUUUAAUUCAAAUUUAUUUUUUAUUGCUGUUUCAUUAGAUUUCAGCACAUUUUUGCUGCACAUUUUGCAAAACAGUUUUCAACCAAAAAAAAAUAUUUCAAAUUUUACUUUUAAAAAAAAUAAUGUAAAUACUCGCAUGCAUUAUCAUAAUAUCAAAAAAAGAAGAAUACAGGUGAGACAUGAUAUAUAAAUUAAUAACCACCUAUGUAUAUAAGUUUGAUAAAGUAUCAUUUUAGAUAUAAUUGGUACUAAAACUCCCAUUUCUAUGCGUUUUUAAUUAUUGGCUUUCGAUAGACGAACCUAAUGAAAUCUAUCCAAUGAAGUUUUUUUUUCCUCCUUUGGCUAAACUUCGAGGAUUGUUUUUUUUUCACAGAUUGCUAAGCCUUAUUUAAAUUCCAAAAAGAAAUAUGAGUAGAAAAGAUGUUCUACCCUGAUUCUUAACCUCCUUUUAUGUCUGUAAAAAUCAGCCUUAAUGGGUGUAAAGUUUAAUGCCUUCUUUAAGAGAUAAAAACAGAUUGCGCCUUUUUAUUUUGUUAUAAAGAACGAUCCAAAAGUUAUUUUUAUUUCUUUGUGGGUGGUUCAUUGAAUUGAUUUUAGCGUAACUGUAACAAAAAUCAUAUACGUUUUGCAUACGAAAAAGAUUCCUCUCGUUAUGUCAAAAAUGUCAAGGAUUGUAAUGUGCAAUGAUAUACCUUAGUGCUUUAAUUUUCGACUCUACAUAUUAUUUAUAUAUAUACAGUCCCUGGCACAAUUAUUCGACGCGCUAUAUAAGAUUCUAUGUAAAAUCUUAAUCAUCAAGUGAUACUUUACCUGAUUGUAUUUAUGUUUACCGUAUUACAUUACAAUGUUAACCCAUUGAUACACUAACAUAAACAACUGUAAAUUGGUUUCAGCCACGUAAAAACAAUAAUGCUGUGUAGUAUAACCUGAUAAUUAAAAUUAUAAAU